ACACAUUAUAUUAUAAGAUCCAGAGGUGGUCUAUUUACCACCAAACUUCAAAGUAGUGAUGAAUAUGAACACUAUUUCAAGAUAUCUGCAACAACUGUAAUAUGAUAUGAAAAUACAUUGUCUACAUUUAUGACUGAGGGAGAUACUAAAUUUCCACUAAGAUUAGCGAAAAUAAAGAUAGAGGGGUUUUUUCCACCUAAAUUUAUGGACCCUUCGGUGCCAUAUAGGGACCCAAGUUAAGAACUGCUGCUUUAGAGAGACUGGAUUGAGCUAGUGCAGGGACUUGAAUGGACGGGUUGAUAGGGAUACUAAAAGAAUUUAUCAGCGUGACCAGGGCUGUGGCUGAAGCAUGAAAAGGGACCAGUAUUCAGCACAAAGGACUGCUUAAGAAACAUUGGCUUGAGUGGAACUGGGCUCAUGUCUCAAGGGAUGUUGGAGAGUAUGAGGUGUGGAUCAGAUCUGGGGCCUGAGGGGGUGAGAGGUGGCCUGCAGGGUGGUUACUAGGACCAGUUGCUGGGUGAUCACUGCCCACCAGGCUGGCUUGGCAGGCGUUGAUGGCUAGGUGGACUGGCGGGAUCCUGUGGAGACUGUUGGCUGGUGUGUUCCUGUUAGUCUUGUUCAGUUGUCUGAGUGUGAUUCUCAAGUGUAUAUGCUUUGUGUAUUUGGACUGUGUAUUUGGCUUGUGGCUUACAUUGUACAAGUCAGACAAUUACAAAUUCUGUCUCUCUCUCUCUUUUUUUUCUUUUGAUGAGCAGGGCGGAAGGUCUGGGGGGAGGAAAUUAGUAACCGAGGGUCAAAAAGGGGAAACUGGAAGCUUCUUAACCCAUUUAAACAAUUACCUCAACUAGGUUAUAUAGUUAUUUCUUCUAGAUUUUGACUCAUCCUAAGCACUAAUUUUGUAUAGAGCAAGUUUUUAUGUGGAGAACACAUAAAUCAGAAAGUAACUUGAGAAAUCUUGGGAAGCUUUCUAUUUGUCAUUACACAUAUUGAGGGGGAAAUGAAGGAAAUUAAUUAAAUGAUGAUCAAUUGAUCAAUUGCAUUGUGUAGCAAAUGUAACUUUGUGUUAAUUUUUAAAAAAUAAAGACUGAUGAAUCUUUUUAGAAUAUGGCGCUAGAUGAGGUUAAUGUCAAGGGCAAAGGAGCUCUUGGACUUAGUACUUAGCUUUGCCUGCCUGAUCUCUCACCCCUCACCCUGACUCGCUGUUCUACAAAUAAAAGCCAUUGACAUGAGAAGGUCCUGGGAGGGGCUAUUGCUUGUCUUACUGAGACGGUAUUCACGAACAAACAAAAUGCCACUAAAUUAUGGACGGACGCGCUCUCAGCCUCCAAGUGUAUAGAGUUUUCCUAUGUGUAAUGAAAGAGAAGUUGCUCGUUGUGUUUGACGUUCUCCAGAUAGGUUUUGUGGAAGGUGGAAUCAUUUAAAGUUGCUGUUUUUAGAUAUCAAAAAUGGUCAAAUGUGGGCCAUUUUAUAUGGUUCAAUCUAAUAGCUUCCGUUCAAAUAAUACUGAGGUGGCAAGUUUGGCAAUCCCGAUGACUUCUUUGAAAAAAGCCAAUACCAUCAGAGAAUUCUUCAUGUUUCAAAAAUGUGACUUCAAUGUAGUAUGCCAGUACCAAGCUGUGUGCCCAUCAGUCAAAAGGAAUUUGAGCUGCUGUGCAAAGGUAUAAUGCUCUGUCCAUUAAAAGAGAAAGCCAUGGACAAUCUUUUGAAGAUUUUACUCUUUAAGAGCAGGAGAGCUAUGUACAACAUAUCCCACAGAGAACAUGUUUGUUUAUAAUAAGAUGCUUCAGUGUAUGAUUUCAAUGCAUAGCCACUUAAAUUGACUUCUGUCAGUCAUUCCUUUCCACCUCAAAAGUACCUAUGAAACCUCUACACCAUUUCCUUUGCUUUUCUGAGAAAGCAGUACCCUCCCAAUCAUGUUCUUGACCUCAUGCCCCUACUAGAACCUUACUCCAUUCACCAGCCUAUCUCUGGCUUCAUCCAUCUCUGCCCUCUACUGUUCCUCUGCCCUCAAACAUUCAGUGGUGCCUGUGUCCAUCCCGGCCCUGAGGGCUUCUCCCUACCCAGCUCCUCUUAACAGCUGCCAUUCUGCUCUUCUCUUUCCCUUCUCCGUGAAACUUCUUGAAGUAGUUUACACUGCCUGCCGUUGUUUCUUACCCUUGAAAUCUGCUGCUUCUGCUCUACUGAAAUCCCUUCUACAAAGAUCUCCACUGACAUCCUCAUCAUCAAACUCCAAGGGCUUUCCUCUGCCUUUAGAAUCCUCAACCCCUCAGCAGUAUUGGGCAGUGCUGACAAGCCCUUUCUUACUGGAGCAUUUUGCCUCCUUUGGUUCCCAAGCCACUGUGUCCUGGCUGCCCUCCCACCUCCCUAACUUUUGCUUCUGUAGGUUUACCUAGUAAUCUCUCUUUAGCCCUCUUUAUAUUCCGUAAUACUUCCCAAUACUUAUAUGUAACUGACUUAAUCUACAUCUAUAGGCCAGAACUGUCCCUACUUACAAACAGGCAUUUGUAGGAAGCCAGGAGAAACAAUGGAGGCAGCCAGAGCUUUGACAUUCGCAAAUCUAGGUUCAAGUCUGGCUCAACCAUUUGUAAGUUUUGACAUUGCUAAGUAUGGGAAUAUCACAGAGUUCUUGAAAGGAUUAGAUUACAAACAUUUUCAAAGAGUUGAGUAGACUUUAAACUACAAAUAUGUAUAUUUAAUAUUAUUUCCAAAUGUGGGAUGGAUAUCCUUCUUAUUUAUUCCGUGAUACUCAAAUUUAAUAUUUCCAAAAUUAAAUGCAUUAUCUUCUCCCUCACCCUUGAACACACCACAGUAACUCUUCCUGAUAUCUGUAUUUCCGUUAACAAUACUGUCAUUCUCCCCGUCACCCUCACAAAGGCUAGGUAUCAUCUUUGAUUUCUUCCUGCCUUCCAUCCCUCCAUCUACCCCUACUACCUCCAAGCAUCCAAGACAUUGAAAACGACAGAUAUUAUCUCCACAAUGGCUCUUAAAUUAUAGUCCCCUUUUUCUAUUCUUUUUGCCUUCCUCACUUCUCUCCUGGGCUACCAUAAUUACCUGAUGUCUGUGUCUAGCUUCCAUCACUCUACGCACCACUGUCAGGUUAAUUUUCCUAAGACCUUUCAAACACUUUCCGAGGACUCUCCAUUGCCCAAUCAAUCAAGUCCAAACUUUGAGACAUGAUAGUCAAGUUCUUCAUGCUCUGGACCCAAAAUUCCUAUCCAGUCUUACCUCUUAUUAAUCUUCAUGUAACUCUCCCCCUAAUCCAACUGAUCACUCCCUAUUCCCUCAAACAGUCUUUUUUCUCCUACUCAUAGAGUCUGGUCAUGAAGUCUCCUUCAUCUAAAAGGCCCUGUCUCCCCACUUAGAUUGUCAUACUCUUUUCAACUCCCCAAAGUCCAUUUCGAACAUUACCUCUUUCAUAAACCUUACCUAUUUCCCUCCCCACAAAAUGUAAUCUCUCCUGCCUUCAAAUUCCUCAAGGCACUGUAUCAUCUCUCUCUCAUAGCGGGAUGACUAUCACCAUACUUGACUAGAUUAUAAAAUCUAGAAAUCAGAGACUAUCCCAAACCCCUCUUCAUAUCUUGCUCCCUAAAGCAUCAGAAAUACUCUAAGCGAUUGAAUAAAUAUUUAUUGAAUUGUCAAGUAAAGCCAUACAUUUUAAUUUCUGAAAAAUGCUUGAUUUUGAAAAUGUGUAUGUCAGAGGAAAUCUUACCAUUUAAUAACGUUUUCUCCUUUAAAUGUAAUACAUGAGAUUUGUCCCACAGGAAACUUUAUCCCUAGUAGUCCCAACUGACAACUUUGAGUAAGAGAAGAACUAAAAUAGAUUCUGAUUCCAGAUCCUGCUGGACUCAAGAGCCAUCCUAAUGAAGAUUUUCCAUAAAGCUGUAGUGGCUUUCUAAAAAAUGACAAAACAAAAAACCCUCCACAGUACAGAAAAGAAGUGCUGCUGCCUCUUCAGAUGUUAAUUUUAGCUGGUCAUGCAUCUGACCUGGCUAGGAGCUACAAAUAGUUCCAACCAACCAGCAAGAAAAACCGUGGCACCAUGGGCAGUGUUGUGGACUUGGCCUCUCCAGCAAUCACUUCUGUGAGAACAGCUAAGCUCAGCAUUGGCCAGAGAGAAGUAACAGUUCAGAAAGGACCACUGUUUAGAGCUGAAGGUUAUCCUGUCAGCAUUGGCUGCAAUGUAACUGGCCACCAGGGACCUUCUGAGCAGAAUUUCCAGUGGUCUGUUUACCUGCCGACAGCCCCGGCCCGAGAAGUCCAGAUCAUUAGCACCUUGGAUUCCACCUUCGCUUAUGCGGUGUAUGCACAGCGGGUGCAGAGGGGGGAAGUCUACGUGGAGAGGGCCCAGGGCAACUCAGUCCUGUUGCACAUCUCACAGCUGCAGAUGAAGGAUUCCGGCGAGUAUGAGUGUCACACACCGAACACUGAUGGCAAAUACUAUGGAAGUUACAGUGCGAAGACUAAUCUAACUGUUAUUUCAGAUACGCUCUCUGCCACCAUGAGUUCCCAGACUCUCAGUAAGGACGAAGGGGAGCCAUUAGAACUUACCUGUGAGGCAUCCAAAGCCACAGCUCAACAUACCCACCUCUCUGUCACCUGGUACCUGAUGCAGGAUGGGGAAAGGAGCAAAGCCACCAAGAUUAUUUCCCUCUCCAGAGAUUUCAUGCUGAUCCCUGGGCCCUCGUAUACAGAGAGGUUUGCAGCCAGCGAUGUGCGGCUUGACAAGCUCGGGGCCACUACCUUCAGGCUGUCCAUUGGGAGGCUCCGGCCCUCAGACCAAGGGCAGCUGUUCUGUGAGGCAACUGAAUGGAUUCAGGAUCCGGAUGAAACCUGGACUCCCAUCGCAAAAAAGCAGACAGAUCACACAACUCUGAGGAUCCAGCCGGCAGUACGAGAUUUUCAAGUCAACAUUACGACUGAGAGCACGUUUACUGAAGGGAAUCCCUUAGAACUGGUCUGCCUGGUGGUGGGCAGUGGCCAGGACCCACAGCUUCAGGGCAUUUGGUUCUUCAAUGGUAUUGAAAUGGCCCGCAUUGAUGCCGGUGGAGUUCUGGGCCUGAAGAAAGACUACAAAGAGAGAACAAGUCAAGGACAGCUCCAGGUUUCAAAGUUAAGCCCCAAGGCUUUCUCUCUCAAGAUCUUCACUGCGGGCCCAGAGGAUGAAGGCACUUACAGAUGUGCAGUGGCAGAGGUGGCAAGAGCUCUGAGGGGCUCCUGGCAAGUGCUUCAGACAAAGCAGUCACCAGACAGCCAAGUGUACCUGAGGAAGCCAGCAGCACGAAGUGUGGUCGUGUCUACAAAGAACAAGCAGCCAGUAGUGUGGGAAGGAGAGGCGUUAACCCUCUUCUGCAAGGCAGAUGGAGCAGAAAGUCUCCUGUCUGUGAAGUGGUGGCACAUCCCGCAAGACCAGACCCAGCCAGAGUUUGUGGCUGGCAUGGAGCAGGAUGGCACCGUGCAGCUGAGUGCCUCCAAUGGGGAACUCAAUAACCACAGCAACACAAGGCUAGAGAAAAUGAACUGGGCCACCUUCCAACUGGAGAUCACCUCCACCACUGUCACAGACAGCGGCACCUAUGAGUGCAGGGUGUCUGAGAGGACCCGGAACCAGGCCAGAGAUCUGAGCUGGACUCAGAAGAUGUCAGUCACUGUCAAAUCUCUGGAGUCAAGUCUACAGGUUAAUCUGAUGAGCCGUCGACCGCAAGUGAAAUUAAGCAAUACCUUUGACCUGUCCUGCAUAGUGCAGGCUGACUACUCUGACCUCAAGGUACCGCUCACUGUGAUAUGGCAGUUCCAGCCAGCUAGAUCCCAAGUCUUUCAUCAGCUUAUUCAAAUCACCCAUAAUGGCACUAUUGAAUGGGGGGAUUUCCUAUCCCAGUUCCAAAAGAAGACGAAGGUUUCACAGUCUUCAUUUCGUUCUCAACUCCUAAUCUAUGAUGCCACUGAGGAAGAAGCAGGAGUUUAUCAGUGUAAAGUAGAAGUUUAUGACAGAAAUUCCCUACACACAAACAGCCCCGCAAGGGCUUCUGCCAUCUCUUCCCCACUGAGGAUAGCUGUCACUUUACCAGAGAGCAAGCUAAAAGUGAAUUCAAGCAGUCAAGUCCGGGAGAUCUCCAUCAGCUCCAACACUGACAUAGAAUGUAGCAUCUUGUCCCAGUCCACAGGAAACCUUCAGUUAGCUGUUAUUUGGUACUUCUCUCCCAUUUCCACUAAUGCAUCCUGGCUAAGGAUCCUGGAAAUGGACCGAACCAGUGUUGUAAAAUAUGGGGAUGAAUUUCAAACCCCACGGAAAAAACGAAAAUUCCAUGCCGAGAAAGUUUCCAAAGACUUGUUUCAGCUACACAUUCUGAGUAUGGAAGACAGUGAUCAGGGCAAAUAUCACUGUGCUGUGGAGGAAUGGCUCUUGUCUACAAAUGGUGCUUGGAACCAGAUUGGAGAAAAGAAGUCAGGUCUAACAGAGUUGAAACUCAGACUCACAGGAAGUAAGGUUCAUGUCUCCAAAGUGUACUCUUCAGAAAAUGCUACUGAGCAUGGAGAGGUGGCCAUCCACUGCAGCCUGGAGAGUUCUGGCAGCCCGGCCUCCCUAUUCUCUGUAAUGUGGUACUGGAGCAGAGAAAAUUCUGGAAGUAAGAUGCUGGUGCACCUUCAGCGUGACGGCUUGCUGGAGUAUGGUGAAGAGAGGCUCAGGAGGCACCUGCACUGUUACCGUUCAUCCCCUACAGACUUUGUCCUGAAGCUUCAUCGGGUGGAGAUGCAGGAUGCUGGAAUGUACUGGUGCAGGGUAGCAGAGUGGCAGCUACAUGGCAACCCCAGCAACUGGGUUAGCCAAGCGUCAGAUGAGUCGCAGCGUAUGGUGCUCACGGUGCUGCCUUCAGAGCCCACAUUUCCUUCCAGGAUCUGCUCAUCAGCAUCUCUGCUCUAUUUCCUACUCAUCUGCCCCCUCGUUCUGUUCAUUCUUCUGCUCGUUUCCCUCCUCUGCUUAUACUGGAAGGCCAAGAAGUUGUCAAGACUGAGUCUAAAUGCACGGAAAGAAAAUGCUUUCUGGAUGGACUUGAAAGGGGCUGGAGACAGGCCCACAAGCAGGAGGGAAGAGGAAGACGAAGACAAUUGAAUCCCAAGAGGCGCCUGCAGCCCUGUGGAAAGAGUGUGGACUCUGGAAUCGGACUGACUGGGAUGUGAAUGAAUCCUGGUUCUGUCCUUCUUUGUGUCUGUGGCCUUGGGCAAGUUACCUAGGAAUCACAGGGGACAUUUUUUGAGCACAUAUGUGGUGCCAGGCACUGUUAAGUGUUUCUUUGUGUAUUACCUCAUCCGCCCCUUGCAUCCCCCAGGAGCUAGAUAGCAUCAUUAUCCCCCUUCAUAUUUGCCACGCUUCACGGAGGUUCAGGGUCCCCAUCUGUGACGAGGGACGUGCUUCCCUCACACAGCCUCUUGGGGAUUAAAUGAGAUCAAUGGCGAAGCACAGGGUGAGGCUUCCCUCGGCUCUCCUCCUCUCUACAUCACUGAUGCCCUCGGAAACACCCAUCAAAUCUGCCUCCCUACAAGAAUGUGACUUCCUUCAAGGCAGAAAGUCCAUUUUCUUCCUCCAUCCCAUCUAUAAAUGCCACUCAAGAGCAAGCUCUGAAUAGUAGGUGCUUAAUCAAUAUUGAUUCUUUGAUAAAAUGAUAACACAUUU